CCAUGAGGUUGUUAGUAGUUUGUGUAGUAGUUGCCAGUGUCGCAGCUUUUGGAAGCGCCGAAACACCAAACGACUUUCAAAUUUCAGACUUUGUAGAGAUCAAACGCAACGAUGCGGUUAGUCGAGAAGCCAGAAGCAACUCGCUGGAAGACACAGUCGAGGACUACAUGAAAACCCACGAUUUCACCUUCAAACUACCAUACAUCGGUUCCACCCUGACUUUCGCUGGGCGAAAUCUGGACCAAGAUGAAGUCGAUGUGAAGCUGCGCUUCGAAGACGGUCAAGUCGACGCUCGCAAGAAGAAAUCCAAACUGAAGAAAAUCUUCGUUCCGAUCUUCGUUUUCAUUUUAAUCAAGGCCAUGGUUAUGAUUCCGUUAGCUCUUGGUAUUCUUGCCAUCAAGACGUGGAACGCAUUGCAAUUGUCGUUCGGCUCGUUUGUGGUGGCUUUGGCGUUGGCGGUGUGGCAGUUGUGUAAGAAGGUGGCUGGUGACCAUAUUCACCCACACAUUGUGGCUGCCCAUGCCCCCUGGGAGGAUCCGCACCAUGUGGUGGCCAGGUCUUCGGGAGACGAAGUGCAGAGGAUGGCGUAUUCGGCGUAUGCGCCCAACGUGUGAUAUUUUUGUUGAAUGUAUUUAUUUAUUGUUGAAGUUGCUCAAAAAGAUU